GUUUUACAUCAUGCGUGUGUGUGUGUGGUGUCUCUGCACGCUGCUCGCGGUGCUCUCUGUCAGCACGCGCCAACCGCACAGCCGCUUCACCGGAGUCACGAGGACCCGCGAGCACCUGUCCAAGGCUUACUUUUGCAGUGCAGAUAGCGAAUGUGCACUGAGACUUUAUUGCCAGGCGCCGGGCCACGCCCACUCGCAGUGUUCACCCUGUAAGAGAAGGGCGAGGCGUUGCCGUAGAGACCGCAUGUGUUGUCCUGGAAACGAGUGUCGUAACCACGUGUGUAGUCGAGUUUCAGCACGAGUGUUAGCAGAACACACUCCAGAACUGAAGAGUCGAGUCCACAGCACUGCUGCACAACUAAAGACAAACAAGAAGCGCAACAAACUACGCAAAGGUGAGUUAGGUGCAAAGUGUGUGCGCUCAGCAGAUUGUGGGCGUGGCCUGUGCUGUGCACGUCACCUAUGGAAGCGGGUGUGUAAGGCGGAGCCUCAGGAGGGUCAGGUUUGCUCCACCCCCUGGCGCUGGAAACACACACCUAUGGGCCACAUGCUGGAGCUGUUCCAGCUGUGUCCCUGUUCAGCCGGGCUCGAGUGCAGAGCGCAGAGUCACACACACUCACACACACACACACACAACAACACACACACCAGCACUCACACCAACACACACCAAGCUGCCGCUGCUGCUGUCCGACUACACACCUGCCAACUACUCUGA